CUCGCGAUAUUUGAACUCGGAGCGGGAAAACAGCGUCGGUGUACUGCGCAGGCUCAGUAGGAGUGAAAAGGAGGCAUUUUCAACAGAGGCAGAGAGAAAAUCCUGUAGAAAUCACUAUGGCUGAGGAUAAUUCCGAGUUCGGAGUGACGGUAAAACUGGAAGAAUCUCCAGACGCGUCUCCGAUAGAGGAAGACGCCGAGACGCCUCAGGACAGCACCAACGGCGUCAAAACUGAGGAGGAGGAUAGCCAGAAGGACAGAACCGAGGGGAAGGAGAAGUCAUCAGGCAGCAGGAAGUCGGGCCGUUAUCACCCGUAUAAGGACCGACAUGGCGGGUCAGGGGACAGGAAGUCAUCUCAGCGCAACCGUGUCUUCAUUAGCAACAUUCCUUAUGAUAUGAAGUGGCAGGCAAUUAAAGAUCUAAUGAGAGAGAAAGUUGGUGAGGUUACAUACGUGGAGCUGUUUAAGGAUGCUGAAGGAAAGUCCAGGGUAAGUGCUGUAGAGGCUGUAAACUCGGCUUCUUCUCUCAUGUGUAGCCCCGUGACCCGAACACACAGCUCUCUAUCUGUUGGAUACAUGUCUGAUUUAGUACACGUCUGA